UUUUGCACAUUGACGAUAUUGUUAUUAUAACAAUAUUAUAUUAAACGUUUGUUGUUCUGACAGUUGGCCAAGCUUUAAGUCAUUUAAGAAGAAGAAAAAGAUAUUAAACGUUGUUUAUAUUGUUGCAAAUGUUAUUAUUCUAUUUUAAUAGAUUUAUAAAUAUAAAAAAGUUUAAAAUUCUAAUUUUUACAGUUGAAAAAGUGUACUAUAUUUACUAGUGUUAGUUUAGAAAAAAUGAAUUUUAAGUAUAAUAAAAACUAAAUUUUUUUUUCUGUUUUUAUUUGGGUGAGAUAAUUUAUAACAAUAUAGAAUAAAAAUUUAGUUUAUUAUGAAAUUCAGUAGAGGAAUUUUAAAUUUUAUUAAAUGGAGACGAUAUUGCACUCAUCAAGGGGUUCAAAGGAAAAUAUUACAAAAUGAUGGUUUAGUCGAUCACAGAACUUGCAUUCCGGAACCCGAUUAUGAUGUGGACUUUCUCUGCAAUCCAGCUAAUCGAGAUGCAAUUUUUGAAAAUAUCCAAAAAAGAAAUUGUAAAGGAGACAUUGAUAAAGUUAUUGAACUCAAGUUUAAUUCUGGCUCAAAACAGUUAUUGUCACAAGAAUUAAGUCGAAUACCCAAUUCCACUCAUCCUGAUGUUUUAAAACUUGGAAAAGAGCCGAAUAUUUUAAAAGUCUCUGGAGAGAUUCCUACAUUUAAUUUUACUCCAAUGGAAUUUGAAAAGUUUGCCAUUAGAAUGAAACUUUUAAAAACUGAUGGUUUAGGACCAGUUGCAGGGCAGAGAAGUUAUGUAUUUUUGGGUGAUUUGGCAGAAUUGGAAAAUGCAUUGAUUAAUUAUUCGAUAGCCAAAUUGAGAAAGCAUGGAUUUAAUUUAGUGACAGUACCUGAUAUUUUACCAACGAAAGUUAUUGAGAGAUGUGGAUUAAUUGUCGAUGGUAAUAGGACACUCGUUUAUGAAUUAGAUCCUCAUUAUGGGGACGAUUAUAGUCUUUCUGGUACUGCGGAAAUGGCAUUAGCAUUUAAAAUGAUGAAUACAACGUUGGAUGUUGAUAAAUUACCGUUGAAAUUGGCUGCAGUCAGUAGAUGUUACAGAGCUGAAUCUUCUAGUUUAGCGCAAGAACGAGGAAUUUACAGAGUUCAUUACUUUACGAAAGUAGAAAUGUUCGUUUGUUCUGAGCAAAAUAAUUCAGAAGAAGUCUUUGACGAUUUGCGUGCUAUUCAGGAAGAUUUAUUCUCGGAUUUAGGUUUACAUUACAAAGUUCUCGACAUGCCUCCUCACGAAUUAGGCGCUCCAGCAUAUAGAAAAAUCGAUAUAGAAGGUUGGAUGGCAGCACGACAAUUAUUCGGAGAAUUAUCAAGUUGCAGUAAUUGUACAGAUUUUCAAUCGCGACGACUAAAUAUUAAAUAUACAACUAAAGAUGGAAAAUCACAGUAUGCUCACACAUUAAAUGGAACAGCUUGUGCAUUACCACGAAUGCUUAUUGCACUUUGUGAAACUAAUCAAUUGAGAAAUGGAACAAUUGCAAUUCCACAAAAAUUACAACCUUUUAUGAAGGGAAAAACUGUUAUCCAUAAGCAAUCAAUUCCAAAUAUGAAAAUUAACAAAAAUAAACAAAAAUUCAAUUAAGCAAA